AACUAAAUUUGAUUAAAAAAUAAUAUUCCGAAGGACAAGUGCUUCGAAGGUUGUCCUGUUGUGCUGCUGUCAGCCCUAAUCAAAAAAACACCCCCACAAGCCCACUCUGGACGUGCUGAACUCUCGACGAAAUUCACGAAUUCAACAAGAAUCGAUCAAUAUUCAUCGUUUCGACGCACAAGCAUGCAACAAGCAAUCGCCCGUUGUUUCCAUGCUAACAUUUAGCAAACAAUUACUGAGAGCUUAAAGCUAGUCAUCUAAUUACACGCCUAGUUACUGCUAGGCGCAUCUUCUUCUCGUCAUUGGUGUGAAUCUGCAAGAAUUCGGCGCACAAUGUCCAAAAACAAACUUAACUUAACACUCCCACCUGGUUCUAUUGAUCAAACCCCAACUGUGACACCAACAAUAGCUGCAUUUCCAGAUUCUACAAGCACAAAUCAUUUAGUGAGAGGCAAUGACAUUGACAACCUCACAGCGAGAUUAGAAGAACUUGAUGCUGACAUGGAUGACAAAGAGCGUCAGCGUCGCGAAGUAUUUCUCUGCGAGAAGGAAAAGAUCGGCGUGGAAGUCGGCGAUGAUGACUUUGAGAAACUGGGCGAUUUAGGCUCUGGCAAUGGCGGUGUAGUCACCAAAGUAAAGCACAAGGCAACCGGUUUAAUAAUGGCGCGGAAAUUGAUUCAUCUUGAAGUGAAACCGGCGAUUAAGAAGCAAAUUAUUAGAGAAUUAAAGGUGUUGCACGAGUGCAACUUUGCGCAUAUCGUCGGAUUCUAUGCGGCGUUUUACAGCGAUGGUGAGAUUAGCAUUUGCAUGGAGUACAUGGACGCUGGAUCUUUGGAUCUUAUUUUGAAGAAAGCCAAACUCAUUCCGGAGAAUAUUUUGGGGAAAAUUACGUCGGCAGUAUUAAAGGGUUUGAGUUAUUUGCGUGAUAAGCAUUCGAUUAUGCAUCGCGAUGUGAAACCGAGUAAUAUUUUGCUUAAUAGUUCGGGUGAUAUUAAAAUUUGCGAUUUUGGCGUGUCAGGGCAGUUGAUUGACUCGAUGGCGAAUUCAUUUGUUGGCACACGUAGUUAUAUGUCGCCGGAGCGUUUACAAGGAACGCAUUACUCAGUACAAAGUGAUAUUUGGUCAUUGGGAUUAUCACUAGUUGAGUUGGCCAUAGGAAUGUAUCCAAUUCCACCACCGGAUGCAAAAACGAUAGAAGCCAUCUUGCGUGGCCGACCGGAAGAUGAUUCGCCUAGUCACAAAAAUGGACCUCGUCCAAUGGCAAUCUUCGAACUUCUUGAUUACAUUGUCAAUGAACCACCACCGAAACUACCCGCGGGUGUUUUCACCGAUGAGUUCAAAGACUUUGUCGACCGCUGUCUCAAGAAGAAUCCUGAUGAGCGCGCGGAUCUUAAAACAUUAAUGGAUCAUGCUUGGAUCCAAAAGGCAGAUAAAGAAGAUGUGGAUAUCGCAGGCUGGGUCUGCAGGACGAUGGAUCUUCAACCGCCGGCCAAAUAGAAGUCGACCAGGGAUAACGAAAUGGCGCAGGAAUAUCGACAUAAGCACAAAUCAAUAUAUCUUUACUUAUUAAGCCUAUUAAUUCAAGUGAAUCGUGAGUAGAGAUGAGGGAAGCAGGUGUUCAAAGACAUUUAUUGCCUUGAAAACGAUGAAAUCGAUGAAAUGUGAACAAAAUGUCAACUUAUUUUUCAUCUACAUAGAUUACCGUCGGCUAGGAUAUUAUGGAGUUACAUAAUUAUUAAUAAAUUAUUAUAUUCUCUUUAUUCUAAUGUA